GGCCUAGUCAGCGGCGGCGGCGGCGGCGGCUGAGGCGCUUGACGGCGGCGAGAGCAAAACCCGGCCCGCCUUUGCAUUUCCUGGCCUUGGUUCCGCGUUGCCCGCGCGGCGCGUCCCGGCCGCCGCCGCCUCCUCGGACCUCCCCGAUCUCUCGCAGCCCGGCCUUGGCCGCGCGCCUCCGCCGCCGCCACAAUGAUGAUGAUGGCGCUGAGCAAGACCUUCGGGCAGAAGCCCGUCAAGUUCCAGUUGGAGGACGACGGCGAGUUCUACAUGAUCGGCUCUGAGGUGGGGAACUACCUCCGUAUGUUCCGAGGUUCUCUGUACAAGAGGUACCCCUCACUCUGGAGGCGGCUAGCCACUGUGGAAGAGAGGAAGAAAAUAGUUGCAUCGUCACAUGGUAAAAAAACAAAACCUAACACUAAGGAUCACGGAUACACCACCCUGGCCACCAGUGUGACCCUACUGAAAGCCUCAGAGGUGGAAGAGAUUCUAGAUGGCAACGAUGAGAAGUAUAAGGCUGUGUCCAUCAGCACGGAGCCCCCCACCUACCUCAGGGAACAGAAAGCAAAGAGGAACAGCCAGUGGGUACCCACCCUGCCCAACAGCUCCCACCAUCUAGACGCUGUGCCAUGUUCCACAACCAUUAACAGGAACCGCAUGGGCCGGGACAAAAAGAGGACUUUCCCUCUCUGCUUUGAUGAUCAUGACCCAGCUGUGAUCCAUGAGAAUGCGUCCCAGCCUGAGGUGUUGGUCCCCAUCCGCCUGGAUAUGGAGAUCGAUGGGCAGAAGCUACGGGAUGCCUUUACCUGGAAUAUGAAUGAAAAACUGAUGACCCCGGAGAUGUUUUCAGAAAUCCUCUGUGAUGACCUGGACUUGAAUCCGCUGACCUUUGUGCCAGCCAUUGCUUCUGCCAUCAGACAACAGAUCGAGUCCUAUCCUACAGAUAGCAUCCUAGAAGACCAGUCAGAUCAGCGCGUCAUCAUCAAGCUCAACAUCCAUGUGGGCAACAUCUCCCUGGUGGACCAGUUUGAGUGGGACAUGUCCGAGAAGGAGAACUCUCCGGAGAAGUUUGCCCUCAAGUUGUGCUCGGAGCUAGGGCUGGGCGGGGAGUUUGUCACCACUAUCGCAUACAGCAUCCGGGGACAGCUGAGCUGGCAUCAGAAGACCUAUGCCUUCAGCGAGAAUCCCCUGCCCACGGUGGAGAUUGCCAUCCGGAACACUGGUGAUGCUGACCAGUGGUGCCCUCUGCUGGAGACCCUGACGGAUGCUGAAAUGGAGAAGAAGAUUCGGGACCAGGACAGAAACACAAGGCGGAUGAGGCGUCUGGCCAACACUGCCCCAGCCUGGUAACGGCCUGGCACACCCACGAAGCGUAUAGAAGAUGGACCCACUUCUUUAUCAUCUUCUGGAGAGAGUGAGGCCAAAGGGCAGCCAGACUGUCCUGAGCGGCACAGGGCAGGGGAAAUCCCUUGCUGCCCUCCCCGGGCACACGCUUCCACCUGCUGAACCCCACUUCCCAGGACCCACUCGAUCAGGAAGAAGAGGCCUCAUUUAGGGUUGGUUUUUGUAUAGGAGCCCCAGGCAGGGCUUGAAACACUUUUUAAAUAAAAGGCAACAGGUCA